AUGUUUGAUGCUAAUCAUGACGGAACGAUUGAUUUCAAUGAAUACCUCCUUGCUGUUGCUGCUACAUCUCAAGGUGAUUUAGAUGAUCGACUCGAAGUUGCAUUCGAUAUAUGCGAUACUUCAGAUGACGGGCAAAUCAAUCAAAAAGAAUUGGCUACAAUGAUUUCGGCUGCUUAUGAUCUACUGGGCGAAACCGAUCGAAAAGGAGAUAAUGAUCCUAAGAAGCGUGCAACAGAAAUCAUUACCAAACUCGAUAUUGGUGGAGAUAAAAAAUUGAACAAGUAUGAGUUCAUAGCUGGGUAA